CGCAACCCCCUUCACGUUUUUCCUUUUUCUUUUACUUUUCCUUCCUCUUCUUUUAUCUUUUUCUCAUUUGUUUUUUGUCCUUUUUUUUCUUUUCAUUCUUCAACUCCACCUCUUGUCUUGAGGUGGUGGUGGUCACAACUGUGUGGGUCCUCCUCACAGAGGAGGACACCCAACAAUAUUGUCCAGUAAAUUCCUGACGAUAAAAUGGAAAGGAUGCCGUCGAAGGAAAUAUUGCAGAAAAAAUUUCAAUUGGCCUGAAAGAGCGAGAGUCAUCAGAGCUGUGGAGCAUGGAUCAGGAGAUGGAUAGUCAUAUGAGUAGCGGACUCUACAAAGCAGCUAUAGCAGGAAAUGUUGUUUAUCUAUCGUCGUCAGAUACAGAAUCCGAGAAGAUUCCCUCUUUGACACACGAGGGAAACAAUUGCCUACACAUAGCAGUGCGGUUUGGGCAUAAAGAGUUCGUGGAGAGAGUUAUUAGUGUUUGCCCUUCCCUUGUAUAUCAAAAAAACAAGAGAGGAGAAAACCCGCUUCAUGUCGCUGCCAGGGCUGGCCACCUUCACGUCGUCAAGCUCCUUACUGAUUCCUUCCAGCAGCUGCAGCCUCCUCAAAGUUCUCAAAGAACUGAAAAUAGUGCUCGAAAUAGAAUAACAACCGGAGAAGGGGUGCCAUCAGAAAGAUCCGGCACAGCCCUUACUGAGAAACAGGAAGGGGAAACUACAAUUCAAAACCCGGAGAUUAUCACAGCUCUUACCGAUUCCAUCCCCCCUCGAAUUUCUCAGAGCCAAAGCAAUAAAAGUAGCGCAGCUGCAGGAGAUGAAAUAAUCUCAGAGAGUUCUCUAAGAGAAGCUGAGGAAGGGGAAAGGCCUUCACGUCCGAUAUGGGGGAUGGCUCAAAACCAACAGUACAGCACGACCCCCACAGAUUCCAUUCAGCCUCUUCGAAGUUCUCAAAAUGAAAGUACAGGUGAUAUGGUAACGGGGAUAACAUCAGAAUGGCCAUCACUGCCAAUAUGGAGAACUCAAAACCAUGAUGGCAGCACGGCUCUUCAUGAAGCUUUACGGAACAACCACGAGGAUGUGGCACUGCACCUACUGAAUCUGGACAUUGAACAUCUUGUUCGUGUUGUCAAUGCCAAAGAUGAGAGUCCCCUGUACCUGGCUGCCGAAGCGGGGUUUGUCCGUGUUUUGACUGAAAUCCUUACACCAGGCCGACGUCUCAGCUUCGCUGGCCCCAAGGGUCAGACUCCUUUGCAUGCGGCGGUUUUUUAUUCUGCAAGUUCAGCAGGGAGUCAAAAAUUUAUCAACAAAAAAGCCACAAAGAGCAUAGAACUUCUACACAAGCAGAAUCCAGAACUCAUCAGAACACGAGAUUCAUCUGGGAAAACAGCUUUAUUCCAUGCAGCACAAUUAAAUUCUCUCAAGAUAAUUCGUCUGCUACUGGAGUUGGAUGCUUCUUCUGCAUACAUAUGCGAUAAUGAAGGACUCCCACCUCUAUUAGUUGCUUCCAGCAUAGGCCGUCCGGCAUCUGUUCGGGCCAUACUAGAUGCCUAUCCAUCCUCAAUUGAGUUUUAUGAUGACACUGGCCGCAAUGCCCUUCACCUAGCUGUGAUGAAUUGCGAUGUCUUCAAGUUUAAAAGAUUGUUGAGAAUGCCAGAAAUGAUGACACUUAUAAACGAACCUGACAAGGAAGGGAACACGCCACUGCAUCUAGCAACCAUGGGCCAUAGAUAUGACAAGGUACUCGCACUGUUAUCUCAUAAACAUGUGGACUUGACAGCCAAGAACAACAACGGGCAUACAGCUUUUGAUGUGUGCAAUUUAGACUGGGAACUUUCACCUCGACAGACACAGAUCUGGAGGAAGUUGAGAAGCAGAAAGGCAUCAAGAGGUCGAGUUCACCCCCUAAUGCGUCUUCCUGUUUUCACGCCAAAUUAUUUCAGUAUACGGGCUGACGCCACAAGCACGGAUCUGGUACAGGUGGUCAAUACGCUAUCACUGGUGGCAGCACUGCUUGCCACAAUAACUUUUGCAGCAGCUUUUACGUUACCGGGAGGUUAUAAGGUUGAUGGCCCCAAUGUUGGUUCUCCAUUACUCAUACACAAGCUAGCAUUAAAGGUCUUCUUGUUAUCAGAUACAAUUUCCCUGUUUUCCUCAAGCUCGGCGCUGCUAAUCUUCAGUAACGCUACGACCGCUGACAAAGCUCUCUUACGAAAUACAAUCGCUAUUGGUAGAGGUUUUGUUUUCACCGCACUCUACGCAGCUAUGGUUGCUUUUAUUUCCGGUUUGUACGCAGUGAUAGCGGUCGAGACGAAGUGGUUAGCAAUUCUUAUCUGCAUCAUAUUCUCCAACUUCUAUUUUGUUCAUAAUUGGUGUCAACAUGUGGUCACUACCAAUACUCCGUUCGUUCCCGGGUUGCUAAAGAGGCAGACAACAAGACAACCAACGGCGCGAGAAUGAGUACUCACGAUCACCAUUUAUGUAUGCUUCAUAUUUUCUCGGUUACCCUUAAUUAAUUGCUUCUGUAUCUCGUUCAAAUUUUAUUUGGAUUUCUCUGAAGAGACCAGUUGACUUUCUUUACUUAUCAAACUAUAUUUUGCAUAGAUUUCAUUUUAUCUCUUUUUUAU